GUACCUCAAGCUUGCCAAAAUUAGGAAAAAGAUAGAAAAAAAGAAGGCAAUGGCAUGUUCUGGAAUUGGGAUUGCUGAUUUUCUCCAAGGAAACAACUAUUUCGUCACAGGCGCUACCGGUUUGUUAGGAAAAGCUUUGAUUGAGAAGAUGCUGCGGACAAUUUCUCAUGUGGGAAGAAUCUUUCUCUUGAUUAGGGCGAAACACGAAGAUGCUGCAAUGGAGAGACUGAAAAAUGAAAUAAUACAUGCAGAGUUGUUUAAGUGCUUGAAAGAAAUUCAUGGAAAAUCUUAUGAAGCAUUCAUGAUGAGCAAGCUAGUUCCAGUGGCUGGGACUCUAUGUCAAGAUAAUCUGGGGAUGGAUGCUGAAACGGCUACUGAAAUUGCAGAACAAGUCCAUGUCAUAAUAAACUCAGCAGCCACUACCACACUUGUUGAAAUUGAAAGGUAUGAUGUUGCUCUAAAUACAAACACCAGAGGACCUCUUCGGCUCUUAGAUUUUGCAACCAAGUGCCAGAAGCUUAAAGUUUUCUUGCAUGUAUCAACUGCUUUUGUUAACGGUGAAAGACAAGGAAUAAUUCUGGAGAAGCCUUUUCACAUGGGACAAGGCAUUGCAUCAAAAGUCCCUUUCUUGGAUGUGGAUGCUGAAAUGAAAUUGGUUUUCAUGGGGUCUCUUGGGAGUAAUAGUAAUACCUAUCAUCAUUUGGGCAUGGAGAGGGCAAGAAAGUAUGGAUGGAGAAACACCUAUGAAUUUACCAAAGCCAUGGCAGAAAUGUUGCUAAAUGAGGAGAGGGGAAACAUACCAGUUGUCAUUAUCCGUCCAAGCAUUAUUGAGAGCACCUAUUCGGACCCUUUCCCAGGAUGGAUACAAGGAAAUAGGAUGCUGGACCCAAUAUUUAUAUCCUUGAAUGCGGUCAUUGACAAGUCUAGGCAAGUCUUAUCUAUUUGGAUAAGCUUUAAUAAAUUAGUGUUGAAAGCAUGCAUGCAUGAGCUAUUAUUACCAUGAUGGAUAUAGGUACCUAUAGACAUGGUGGUGAAUGCUAUUUUAGCAGCAAUAGCAAAACAUGGAAUUGCUCCAAGAAAAUCAGAAUCAGAGCUGAAGGUGUACCAAGUGGCAUCAUCUGUUGCUAAUCCAGUAUCCUACGAGAAUAUUUUCCAGUUUGCUCGCGAUUACUUCACUUCUUGUCCAUUAAUGGACUCCAAUGGCAAGAAGAUUCAGAUAAUUGGAUUCAACUUUUUUGGAUCAAUGGACAGUUUCGUGUCUUACAUGAGGGAAGUAUUGGCAGCGCAGCAAAAUAUUGCAGAAGCAGAAUUUAACAAAAGACUGAACCGAAGUACCCUGCUGGCCGAAAUAUAUCAGCCUUAUAUGUUUCAAAGAGGAUGGUUUGAUAAUAGUAACACCAAGAAACUGAUUGAAGGUAUGUCUACUGAAGAGAAAAAGUUAUUUGGGUUUGAUGUAGAGAGCAUAAACUGGAAGAACUACUUCAAAAGCAUCCACUUUCCUGGCCUGAGAAGACAUGUUAUUAAAGAAAAAACAAUGGCAGCUGCAAGGCUGUGAUAUCCCUGCUUUAACAAAUGGCUUCAAUGAUCCAAUCAAGCCCAGAGAAGAAGAUCCAAUACUAGUACUACUAUUAUUAGUAUUUUCCACGGCCAAAAACUGUUUAUUAUAGUAGGUAAUGGAUAGCGGGUACCCAGAAUCUAAUACUCGUACAGUACCUGUAUCCGUUGUCAGUGGUAAUUUCAUUACAUGUAUGUCACGAUCCAUUUUCAUGAACCAAACCGACACUAAGAUCCAGGUAAGCAUAAGGCUACCAAGACCCAUAAUAAGCCUACGAAUCACUGAGCCCAAAUAUCAGCCCCAAUUAUGAGUUUACCCAUUUAUAUUCCCAUAGCAUUUAGAAGGCUCAUGUAUCUUAUAAUCAUACAUCUUAUGAAGUCGAAGUCUAUAUUUUCUAUUAAAAUAUACAAGUGCCACGGUCUGUAUAAAUUUCAGAAAUAGUAGUAAAACAAAUAGAAAUCA